UUCUCCAAUGCAUGAAAGUGAAGAGUGAAAGUGAAGUCGCUCAGUCGUGUCUGACUCUUACCGACCCCAUGGACUACAGCCCACCAGGCUCCUCCGUCCGUGGGAUUUUCCAGGCAAGAGUACUGUUUAAACCCUGUUUAAACCCUUCUUAGAGGAGUGAGUUGGAGACCUCGCCUCUGCUUCCAGUACUGUCCACCAUCAUUGUGUCUUUACUCAUCAUUGGAAGUCCUCCAUACCUUCCAAGGCCCAGGACUGACAAUGGGCCCUUCCUCACUGAUCCUGGCCCCCUCAUCCUGCCAAAGGCCCGUGGACUCACUCACUGGUGUGUCACACACUCGGAGGUGAUGGACUUGCUGCUUCUUACUGAAGUCAGCAUGUCCUUCACUAGCAGCUCUUUGCUUUCAGGUUAUUGAUGUGAAGCAGACAAUGAGGAGGCCCCUUCUGAGCAGAGUGUUUUUAUGGAAUUAGUGUCAGAGUUCAGGACUCUUGGGUCCUGUCCACUUAUCCAGAAAGCUCACCCAUGUGAGACAGGUGACCUGCUCUUGAAAGGCAUUUUAACACCUGGAUGAACACCAGGGGUCAUGCCCUUCACUGAACCUGUACACUUGUGACCCCUAUGGGCGAGGAUUCCUGUUGAGUGAAACCUUUCAUCAGCACCAGAAACCACAUAGUGGUAAGAAUCCCGUCAGUAAAAUGAUAAUGUGGUCUCACGUAUGAAGAGCUGUCCAUGAGUUAGGGAGACUUUUACUUGCGGGGAUGUGCAAGUAAAAGACUAGACUUUGGGCGACACCAGGGAGACAGUGAUAACUCAUGCGCUGACAAUGAGAAAGCCUUCCUGAGCGCUUUCACUCUCCUCAACAGCCAGACAACUCAGGCUGAAGUGCGAGCCUUUAGGUGCCUACCGUGUGGAAAUCUGUCCAAGGAGAAAUCCGCUCUUCUUCAUGGUGGGGAAACAUCACAUGUGUGUAAGGAGUGUGGAGAGGCCUUCAUUCACCUGUCUCACCUAAAAACCCACCAGAAAUUUCACAUUGGCAAAAGACAAUAUAUGUGCAGUGGAUGUGGAGAAGCUUACAACAGAAGCUUGCACCUUGUUCAGAACCAGAGAACUCACACUGGGGAAAGACCUUAUGAGUGCAAUGAAUGCAGAAAACCCUUUGGUCGUAAAAGCACACUUGUGCAGCACCAGAGAGUUCACACUGGCGAAAGGUCUUAUGACUGCACUGAAUGUGGAAAAGCCUACAGCAGAAGCUCCCACCUCGUGCAGCACCAGAGGAUUCACACCGGAGAAAGGCCUUAUAAAUGCAGUGAAUGUGGGAAGGCCUUCAGUCGUAAAGACACACUUGUGCAGCACCAGAGAUUUCACACAGGGGAAAGGCCGUAUGAGUGCAGUGAAUGUGGAAAAUUCUUUAGCCAUAACUCCAGCCUCAUUAAACAUAGGAGAGUCCACACAGGAGCAAAGUCUUAUGUGUGUGGCAAAUGUGGGAAGGCUUUUGGCUACAAAGACACACUUGAGCAGCACCAGAUAAUGCACACUGGAACACGGCCUUAUGAGUGCAGCAAGUGUGGGAGGGCCUUCAGCUAUAAACACAUGCUUGUGCAGCACUGGAAAAUCCACACUGGAGAAAGGCCUUAUGAGUGCAAUGACUGUGGAAAGCUCUUUAGCCAUAGCUCCAACCUCAUUGUGCACCAGAGAAUUCACACUGGAGCAAAGCCUUAUGAAUGCAGUGAAUGUGGGAAAUGCUUUAGCCACAACGCCAUCCUCAUUCUACAAAAGACACAUCACAGUAGAACAAGGCCUUAUGUGCGUAGUGAAUGAAGAAAAGCUUACAUUAGUAGCUCCCACCUUGUUCAACACAAGAUAGUUCACACUGGAGCAAGACCUUAUGAGUGCAACGAAUGCAGGAAAUUCUUUAGCCGCAACUCCAUUCCCAUUCUACACCAAAGAGUUUACACUGGAGAAAAAGCAUUACAUGUGCAGUGAAUGUAGGAAGGCCUAUAGCAGAAGCUCCCAUCUUGUUCAGCACCAGAAAGCUCACCCUGGAGAAGGACCUCAUGAAUACCACAGUUUUGGUGACCCUUUAGCUGCAUCUCUUAAACUUGUUUAAUGCCCAGAAACUUCAACUGGAGAAAGGCCUUAUGAAUGGAGUCAAUGCACUGUGUCCCUUUUGAAGAUUAUAGGACUCACACCGGCAAAGGUGGGUGUUUCCAGCUUUGUGCUGUCACAGAUAAAACCGCUGUGACGAUUUGUGUAUAAAUGAUUACUGAAUCACCUUCCAUUGUAUGGUUGUACCACAGUCCAUCCAUCCACUGAGGGAUAUCUUGAUUGCUUCCAAGUUUUGGCACUAUGGCUAAACCUGCCUUGUGCAUUGUUUUGUGUGGGUAUACAUUUUCAGUUCAUUUGGGUUCAAGCCUCAGAGCAUGAUUUGCUGGGUCACAUAGUAAGGGAAUAUUUAGUUUUAUAAAAAACUGCCUUCUAAAGUGGCUGUAUCAUACUGCAUUCCCACCAACAGUAGCUGAGAGUUCCUGUUGCUCCAUGUUCUUGUCAGUAUUUGAUGUCAAUGUUUUGGGUUUUGCCAUUCAAGUAGGUAUGUAGUAAUAGUAUAUUGUUGUUUCUUUCAUUUGCAAUUCUCUAAUGACAUAUGAUGAAUAUCUUCAUAUUCUUUUAACAGUGUCUUUUGCUGAACAGAAAUUUUAAACUUUAGUCAAGUCCAAAUUACUCAGUGUUUCUUUCAUGGAUUGUAUUUUGGUGUUGUGUCUAACACAUCAUUGCCUAACCCAAGGUCUGUGUCCCCUGUAUUGUCGUCUAUGUGUUUUACUGUUUUGUAUUUAGGCUCAUUAUCCAUUUUGAGAAAAUAUUUGUGAAAAGUGUGAGGUCUAUAGAUCAUGUUUUUUUUGUUUGUUUGUUUGUUUUCCGUGCUGUGCAGCUUGUAGGAUCUUAGUUCCCAAACCAGGGAUUUUAGCCCACAUCCCCUGCAGUGGAAGCAGGGAGUCCUAACCACUGGAUCAUGUUUUUAAGCCCCAUUUGUUGAAAAAGACUAUCCUUUCUCCAUUCCUUUGCCUUUGCUCCCUUUUCAAAGAUCAGUUUACUGUAUUAGUGUGGAUCUAUUUCUGUGGUUUCUGUUCCAGUUUUUAACACUUAGUGAGAUAAUCAUCACGUGGCUGUGGUUUUUUAAAUUUUUUCCUUGUCUUUUAUUUAAAUGGUGCAGGCGUGCUAAGUCGCUUCAGUCAUGUCUGACUCUGUAUAACCUGUGGACUGUAGCCUGCCAGACUCUUCUGUCCAUGGGAACUAAUCUUGCAUUUCCUGCAAGAAAUCCCACAUGAUCAUCUUGUAUAAUCCAUUGUAUAUAUUGCUGAGUCAGUUUUCUGAUAUUUUGUUAGUGUAUUGAAUAGAUAGAUGAAUGGUAAUGGAUUUAUAGAUCUGUUUUUCUCCGACUUUGGUAUCAGAGUAAUUCUGAUGUCAAAGAAUAAUUGUUUCCUCCUCCUUUAUUUUCUGGAGGAGUUUUGAAGGAUGAGUGAUACUUCUUUUUUUAAUGCUUGCUGGAAUUCCUUAGUGAAGGCACCUAAGCCUGGAAUUUUCUUGUGGGAAGACUUUCAAUAAAAAUACAGUCAAGUAAUUUUUUCAAUUUUGUUCUCUUGAACGGCUUUGGAGUACAGUUGAUUAAGAACAUUCUGUUAGUUUCAGGUGGACAGCAGAGUGAUUUGGUUAUACAUAUACAUGUAUGUAUUCUUUUUCAAAUUAUUUUUCCAUCUGGGUUAUUUCAGUGUUUUGAAUAUAUAUACUGUAUAUAGUAGGUCCUUGUAGGUUGUCUAUUUUAACUACAGCACUGUGUACAUGUCAAUCAACUCAAUAAUCUCUCGCAUCCCCCCACCACCA